AUGCCGGGUGAACAUCGACAAGUUCCACGUCAUAAUAAAAGAUCAACGAAUGUACAUAAAAAUAAUUCUUAUCCUUCAUCAAAUAUUCCAAAGAAUUCCACAGUAAUUGUUAAUUCUGGUCAUUCUUCAAAAUAUGUGAAAAUGAUUAAAAAAUAUCCUUUUCUUUUUGUGAUUAUUCUCAUCACAACUAUUAUUGCACUCGUUGCUUUCAUUAUGUCCAUUGUUUUAUUCACUCGAGGAACUUCAACUGAUGUGUUCUUUUCAACAAAUAUCACAACUCAAUCUUCAACAUCAUUCACAAUGACAACAUCAAAUACAACAGAUACAUCCCAAACACAAACAAUAUCAUCAUCUACACCAAUAAUAAUGAUAACAACGGCAAUUUCAACACCAUCGGUAACAAACACAAUUAUAACAAGUCCGACAACAACAACAACAACAACAACGACGACGACGACAUCAACAACAAUGACUACAACGACAACUCCAAUAGCAUCAGUAUCAACAGCAAUAGUAUUAGAAGGUAUAAGUGCUACAAUGAAAUCAGAAACUUCAGCAGAUGUGAUAACAAUUUCGAUAAUAUCGGAUACCUCUACAUCACCAUAA